AUGCGUCUGCUCAGAGAUGGAAGAAGUUGUGUUCGUUACAAAUGUGGCCUGAUCAACACCAUUCAAGAUGUUCUCUGCCAAAGACCCAACUGGGUUGAAGUCAAAGAUGAUGCAGAGUGGGACUUCAACUGGUGUGAUGUAGGUUGGCUCAGGGAGAAUUUUGAUCACACAUACAUGGAGGAAAAUGUCAAGAUAAACCACUUUCGCAACCAUUAUGAACUGACACGCAAAAAUCUUUUGGUGAAAAACCUUAAAAGGUACCAGAAAAAUCUCGAAAGGGAUUUUGGCCGCACGGAAGCUUCGAAGUGUGAUUUUUUCCCCUCCACCUUUGCAUUGCCCAGGGAGUAUCAUCUCUUUGUAGAGGAGUUCAAUAGAAGCCCUGGCAGCACCUGGAUCAUGAAGCCGGUCGGAAAAUCUCAAGGCAAAGGGAUUUUCCUGUUUAGAAAACUGAAAGACAUCAUGGACUGGAGUAAGGACAAUUCCCGCUCAGAAGAACAAAAGGAGGCAGCGCAUGUGGAAAACUAUGUAGCGCAACGCUAUAUAGAGAACCCAUACCUAAUUAAUGGCAGGAAAUUUGAUAUGAGAGUUUAUGUCCUAGUCACAUCGUAUGACCCCUUGAAAGUCUGGCUGUAUCGAGAUGGCUUCGCCCGCUUAUCGAGCACUCACUUUUCCCUGAGCACCAUUGAUGACAAGUACAUGCAUCUUACCAACGUGUCUGUUCAAAAAACAGCACCUGACUAUAAUCCAGAAAAGGGAUGUAAAUGGCAGCUACAACAGCUCCGAAGAUACCUGACUGCCAAGCAUGGCAGAGAGGUGGUUGAAACCGUCUUUAAGGAGAUGGAUAACAUCUUUGUCCGAAGCCUACAGAGUGUGCAAAAGAUCAUUAUAAAUGACAAACACUGCUUUGAGCUUUAUGGCUAUGACAUAUUACUGGACCAGAACCUCAAACCGUGGCUAAUUGAGGUGAAUGCCUCCCCUUCGCAUACACACAGUAGUCAAGAAGAUUACGACAUGAAGUUUAGACUGCUGGAAGACACUUUGAAUGUUGUCGACAUGGAGGGAAGGCUCAGUGGCAAGGAGAAGAGAGUGGGAGGCUAUGAUCUCAUGUGGAACAGUGGGCCUGUCUAUAGAGAAGACGUCAACUUCCAAACAUUUAGCAGCUUGUGUUUCACUGCCAACACACACUUGGGGUGUGUGAAUGACAGGGAGAAGCAGCUUCGACAACUUCUAAAGCCAUUCCCAUUUCAGAAGAAGCUAUAAUCACAUCCAGGAAUAAAAUAAAUUAGUGAAAGCUUUCAAAAUCGGUUUUUAGACGA